AUGAAGUUUUCUUACGUCCGGAUCUUUGCCCAGCAGGAUGGCAUAUUAUAUGCUGGGAAAUGGCCAAACCGGCAUGGCUCUCCGAAUACACUUGAAGAACUCCAGGAACUUAAGCGGAUCGCCACUGAGGACAGAGGCCCGGGUAUUAAGAAGUCCUGGUCUGCGGUGUUUAUAAAAACGCCAAGUCUCCUCGCAUACGUGGACGGGGACCUCGAAAAGCGAAUCGCUCGCGAAGUUGAAACCUGCGAAAUCCUUCGGAAGAAACCCCAUCCGAACAUUGCGACUUACUACGGUUGCAAUGAGAGUCACGGUCGAGUCUCUGGCUUAUGUUUCAAGCGAUAUACGUCUACGUUACUCGAAGCCGUUAAUCCUCGGUGCCUUAACAAAGCUGCCUUUCUUUCGAGCGGGCGAGCGCUAGUGACAGAAAGUAUCUCGAGCGGUCUUCCAGGGCUUCUAGCUGCUAUCAAACAUCUUCACUCGCUUGGGCUCGUCCAUAACGAUAUUAACCCCGCCAACAUCAUGCUCGACGAAGAGGGCAAGCUUAUACUCAUCGACUUUGAUAGCUGCCGAUAUCUUGGGGAGUCCUUACGCAGUACAGGAACAAAAACGACUCCGUUCUGGCACAACCCUAGCGUGGACAUCUCUACCGAAAAGAAUGACCUUGACGCCUUUGGAGACCUGCAAACUUGGCUGACUGGGUCGAGGAUUGAAGACUUCAAUUUCCUAUGA